AAAAUGUAUAGGCGGCACAGCAUCAAUUCCCUUGGGCGCAGUUGGCACAGCAUCCGCAGGUGAUCGGACAUUCUCCACCGGGCUUGCUAUAAGUGCAUCAAAUUCUAGGGGAAGUAUCUCACAACUCUGUCUAUCUUGCUCUGCAUCCAUUAUGCUGCUACCGGACGAUAAGCAUGCAAAGGCAGGGGAAAUUGCACUGGGUACAAUACCUGCUGAUGGACCACCACCGUACGAUUCUCCCUCGGGCUCGAGUGUAGGAAUGAGCACGAUAGCUCGUCCUGUGCCGCCCAACAUGACCGUAACGAACUUUUUGCGGAUAAAACGCAAGAACCAAUCCAUCAAGGGCUCGUAUGUUAUCGAUCCCGACUUACACGUCCCAGAGGAGCUCUUGUCAGCGUCAGCUUCGGCUGAUAAAGACUCGUCGUCGUCUGAUAAAGAGGACAUAGAGGAUGAAAUGCACGGUCCGAGGAAGAAUCUGGAGAUCGAGUGCAAGAAUAGCAGCGUGACUGCCGAUGUGUGGCUCGUUGGUACCGAGACGCAUGAUGAUGUCGAUGGAACAGAAAGGAAGAGGGCUGAGCUUGACGUGAAAUCGAAGAAUGGGUCUGUUACUCUCCGGCUGGAAUCAGUGACGAAUCAUCCCUUUGCCUUACACGCCCAUGCAAAGAAUGGAUCCGCUUCUGUUGCUAUUCCGACCAACUUUAUCGGACCUGUGACGAUCUCUGCAGUCGGAAGCUGGGUUUCACUGUCGAACGCUAUGAAAGAACGCUUGGUAACGUAUUCUGAGGCGAACGGCAUUAGGAUUUGUUUCAUUGGCGAUAUCCGGAAAGCUGGGUACACCGGAAGGGAAACCUGGACCGGAUCAAUUGUUGACGUCGGAAGUAUCAAUAGCAAGGUAAAGCUAUCUUUCAUUAGCGAAGAGGUUGCGAAAUGCUCAAAUGGAGGAGGAUUCUUCCGUUGGAUGUUUGGCGGUUGACCAUUUCUUUUGUUAUUCCUACAUUGAUGUACAUAUGUAUUGCCUCGACUCUGCUCUGCAUGACCACUAAUCUGGUGUAACGCUUGUAUUGUUUUGGAAUCUCC